UACUCCAGGACAGGUUUGAGAAUCGCUUCAAUACUGCGAAUGCUGACAAUCAUUGAGUGACGCUACCACUAUGAACCCCACGGGGGCGCUACAUACUAAGAUUAUGAGUUUAGUGCUAAUCAGCUCCUUGGCGUCUUCUAGCAUCUUCUUGAGUGUGCUUGUGGAAGAGACGUGAAAAGUGGGCUACAAACCUCUAAAAAGACCAGAGGUUUACUGAACUCCAAUAUUUACAUACAGUGAAUACGUCGCCUAAGUAGUUCUCAUUCAGACUUUUCUUGGGGACCCCCAAUUAUUAGGCUUGCACAGCUGUCGUGUAUAAUCAGAGAGCCUGUAGCAGGUAGGUGCCGUGAAGGUGGAGGAGAGAGGAGGGCAGGCGGCCGAUUGAUUUACAGGAUGACUGCCUCCUAUUUUCAGCAGUUCAGCGACGGAACUUGAAGCGAGAAGAAUCUGUUGCGACAAUAUAUGACGGGACAACGGACUUAAACUUCGUCUGCCAGGAAGAAAGUGAAGAAGACGAAUUUUCAGCUUUAUCACAAUGCUUGUUUAUGGACUAUUCGCUCAUUUUUAUGUUUUCAUAACACUUGGAAAAUUAAUUAGAGCGGACCCAGCUGACUUUUCAUGACAAAUCCGCUACUACUCUCUAAAGGAGCGCGUGCACAAUGGAACUCUUCUCUCGGAAGAAAAAGAAUCUAAGAACCGCGGUCAGCCUGACUUUGGUUUUUGCCACUAUACUGAUGCUUAAUAAGUUAAUAAGGGUGGACACGAAUUUUAAAGAUUCCAAAGUCGACGUGAAACGCAAAUGGUGUGGCCCCACAUGUAAAAGCAUAAAGGCCCUUGAAAUUUCACCUCAAUCACGCGUGAAUGGGUUGGCGCCGGUGGGGAAACCAAUUCCAAAAAAAUGGGACAUGAAAAGUAUAGAAUGCCAUGAAAAUUCCACGAUGAAGACCCAAGCCUGGUUUCGUCGCUUGAACCCCAGGUUCCACGAAUUUGUCUUGCACAGACAUUGCAGAUACUUCCCAAUGUUGCUGAAUCACCCGGAGAAGUGUAGCGGUGACGUGGAUGUUCUGCUCGUGGUCAAAUCGGUUAUUGAAGAACAUGACCGGCGAGAAGCCGUGCGGCAGACGUGGGGAAAGGAGCAAGAAAUCCAGGGCUUGAAAAUCAAAACACUAUUUCUUUUAGGCACUCCAGCCACUGGCAAAGACACACGAAAUUUACAAGCCCUGGUCCAAUAUGAAGACCGAACCUACGGAGACAUCUUACAGUGGGACUUUUUGGACACUUUCUUCAACCUCACCUUGAAGGAGGUGAACUUUCUGAGAUGGUUCAACAUCUACUGCAGUGGAGUUCCCUUCGUCUUCAAAGGGGACGAUGACGUUUUUGUCCAUACCAAGAACUUAGUGGAACUAAUUGGCUUUCGGGUGGAGGAGAACAAAGUGGAAAACCUCAUUGUAGGAGACACCAUUUUAGGAGCCAGACCGAUCAGAAACCGCCAGAGUAAAUAUUUCAUUCCCAAAGAGUUGUAUGAUAAACGCUAUCCACCUUAUUUGGGUGGGGGAGGAUUUCUCAUGUCCUCUCAGGUGGCCCGCAGGCUCUUCGCGGUUUCUGAGAGCGUGGAGCUAUACCCCAUUGACGAUGUGUUUUUGGGCAUGUGUCUUCAGAAGCUGAAGAUCGUCCCCGAACUUCACCUGGCCUUCAGGACAUUUGGGAUCAUUAAGCGUAAAGUGACUCGUCUGAACCGGGAGCCGUGCUUCUUUCGCAACCUCAUCGUGGUCCACAAACUCUUUCCGCGGGAGCUGCUGCAAAUGUGGACGCUUGUUCAAAACGAGGACUUGAACUGCGCCAGACAAGUCGUUAUGUGAAACGAUGCGUAUCGAUAAAGACACUGGGAAGAUAUAUUUUCAAAUGAAUUGUUUUUGUAAUUUCCAUCAUCCUUUAUUUUUUUUUGUAAGGAAGGCUGAUGACUAGCCUACUUGUGUUAUCAACUGCCAGAUGUAGGCUAAUAAAUCACAACUCUUUCA